UGGGAGUGGUAGUCCGGCGGCGGGUCGCGGCCCGGGACUGGAGCAGCAGCGGCGGCAGCGAGCGGGCGGCGAUGGCGGCGGCCCUGCGCGUGCUGCUGGCGCCCCCCCUCCUCCAGGCCCCGCAGGGGGGCCCCCCCGGCGCGCAGGCCAGGCUCAGUGGGGGCCGCGAAGCCCUGGGGGCCGUGGGCGCCGAGGGGGAGCUGCGCCUGACGGGGCUGGCCUCCUGGAGGGGCCCCGGGAGCCCCCCCGCCGUCUCCCUGCCCGGCGCCUGGGAAGCUUUCACAUGGGAGAGUGUGGAAGAUAAUGAUCCUGAAGCAGGUUGCCUCAGGCUACUGGCUCUCAGUAAGACCCAUGAGCUUUUCUUGUAUGAAGUUACUCUAGAGGCUGGAAAGUGUGAGGCAACCCUCUUGCGAAGCUUGAGUGAAGACAGACUAAGGAAGCUGAUGGAACCCCUGAAUAUUAGCUUUUCAUCCGUUUCCUCCUUGAGGGUGCUGUCCUUUCUAAAUGGCAGAGCCUUGCUCCUGCUCAACAACGUCCUCGUUGCAUGCCUUGCUUUUCCUGGAGGAGGACUGGAGGCAGAGGAGCUGGAAGACUGCUUUCGUCUUGAUCUGUCCCCACAAACUUUGGAAAGGAUAGUAGACACUGCCUUUUGCAGAGGCAUUCUCUUCUUGCUCGCUGAGUCUGGAUGGAUGUAUCUCUUUGAUGCCACAGAUGGUGCAUAUCUGGCCUAUGUUGAUCUCUCUCUCUAUCAAGCAGAGGGGCAAGAUGAGAGGACCCCAGACAUGCUUUCUCCACUUAGAUGGUUAACUGUAUCGCAUGAUCUGAGUACUGCUGUGAUCACCAACUGCUCCAACUGUGCCAUGGCUGUUGACCUCAACUUAUACUUCAGAGAAUACCCUGACCACUUACUUUGCAAGCGCACCAUGGACAGUAAGGCUGUAAAACAACUGGAGGGGAUAGACGAGGAUGACCUCCGGAGUUCAGAUUACAGCAUGAAACUUCAGAAGCGUGCAUUCCGGACAGACAGGUCCUGGAAAACACAUUUGUCUUCACUGUACAACACAACAGAACGGCUUAAUUCUCCAGAUGUGGGAGCUGAUGGUUACUUACCUUGGUAUCAGUAUCUUCGGCAUGUAGAGCACCAUGACUGUAAGCUCCCUGAAGUUUCCGAGAGCUCCCUUCUUCAGGAUGCCGCUCGUGUCAUUUCAAGCUUGAAAGAGAAAGAUCACAAGAGCACAAGCAGAGGAGAGAGUCCCUGGAAGAGCUUACACGUGGGAGAGCCAGAAGACUGUGUGGAACUUGAGUGCCAGUCGGUGACAGGUUUUAGUGCAUUGUUCACCAUCUCCAGUGAGAGUGAAGGGCUGAUCCUUGCUCUGUGGGAUUUGGAGACCCAAGACCUGACGCGCUGUUGUGUGGGCAAAACCACCUGCUUUGUGAAGUGCAGCAGAGAAGAGCAGUUGUGUCUCAUCCUCUCAGAGCCUGGUCUCUCUUUGGUUCUGUUUGGAUUGACUCAAGAGGAAUUCUUGAACAGAAUGAUAAUCCACGGGAGUGCUGGUACCGUCGAUUUGCUUUGCCAGCUCAAUGGAUGGGGAAGGUGCUCUAUUCCCAUACAUGCCUUAGAGGCUGGUUUAGAGAACCGUCAGUUGGACACUGUGGAUUUCUUCUUGAAGAACAAGGAGAACCUUUUCGUUUUCUCCUCUGCUUGCUCUUUACAAGAUCAGCCUGCAAGUGUGGUGUCAGAUAUUUACUUGAAGAGUGUGGAAGAGCUGAGGCCAGCCUUGGACUUGCUCUGCUCAGCAGUCCGAGAGAAUGACUUGGAAGCGCAGAGCAAGCACUUCUCCGAGCAGCUGCUGAGCCUCACCUUGUCUUUCCUCAACAAAGAACUCCGUGAGAUUUUCAUCCACAUUGAAGAACUGGAUGAGAAUCUGAACAGGUGUGUGGAUAUUUUGACCAGCUACAUCAUCAAACUUCGGACGUUUAUGAUCAAAUUUCCUCACAAGCCAUCCAGUGUCCUGAGCUCACCCUGUGAUCCUGAAGGAGACAUGCCCAAAAUAGAAGAAAGCCAGAUGUGGGAGAAGCUAGAUUCAGAGCAAAUCAUUGGCGAAGCCAUUUCAAACAACAAGCUGCCGGAGGCUCAGACCUUCUUCCGGAUGAUUGGUCACCCUGCUCAGCAUCUGGAGGCGCUGACCCAAGUUGGCCUGAAGCUGGUUUACAAAAGCCUUCUGAAGGCGGACAUUGAAGAAUCCUCCCAACUCCUAAAAAACAUGGGCUUCAAUGUGAUGGAACAACUGCACAAAAUCUGCUUUUACGUAACCGAUUGGCACGUCCGUGACUUCUUGGUGAAAGUGCUGCAAGAGGCGAAGUACUUUUCUGAAACUGAGAAGGAAAUGAUAGACUUUGUGCAUCAGGUGGAAAAUGUUUAUUCGGGCGGCUUCCCGGAGAAGGAAACGGCUCCAGGCCAGGCCAGGCCCUGGAGAGAUGAACAAGACCUUGAGACCCACAUGGCUGCUUUGGAUGCUGUCUUGGAUGACAAGGACUAUUGCAUGCGUAACGGGGAGUGCAGACUGAUGUUAAACUGGGCCCAGUGCUGGGAUCACGUGACGCAAGAGAGGAUUCUUCUCCCUACACAACCCCCUGAGGAAUUCCAGUCAUGUAAUCCAGAGGUCCUUUGGAUGCAUCUGUCAUCUUGGCACGACUGGGUGAAUAUUAGUUCAUGGAUUGCAGAAGCUCAGCGACAGGGCAGCAGCACAAACUGGCCACAGCUGACUGCAGAGACAGUUGGGCAAAAGACCUUGUGCAGCCAUUACAUGCAAAACGAAAUAUUGGAUCACCUGGCCAGGAAGGGGACUUUUGUGCCGGCGGAACUAGAAGACUUUGAAUGCCUCCUCCAAAGACUGGCUCUCGUUGGAGGAGUGAUGCAGAAUCCGCACCCCGUUCCGGAACACAUGCCCAAGAGUGGCUCAGAUUUCCAUGUCCGCUUUAUCCUUUACUGUUUGGAGCGUGGCCUGGGUCAUCUGCUCCACACCUACUUGGACUAUUAUAGUUUAUUUUCUACAAACUGCCCCGUUUUGGAUGAUCAGGCGCUGCAUGAAGCUCACCCUUGGUUUGAAUUCCUGGUGCGCUGCAGAGGCAUUGCCAGCAACCCUGGAGAUGCAAAGAUGAUUUUCCAGGCUAGUCUGGCAAAUGCCCAGAUCUUGAUUCCCAGCAACCAGGCCAGCGUGAGCACGAUGCUCUUGGAGGGGCGGACCCUUCUUGCUCUGGCCACCACCAUGUAUGCCCCUGGGGGGGUGGACCAGGUUCUUCAGAGCGGAGGCGGAGGAGAGAAGGUCGACGCCCAGCUCUUCCGGAUGGCUCUGGCUCCGUACCCCAAGCUCAGGGCCGCCCUCUUCCCCCAGCACGCUUCCCAUGGGAUCUGCCCUCCGGACAUCUCUCUCUACCACCUUCUCCAGUCGUUGGCUCCAUUUGAUCCCACUAAACUGUUUGGCUGGCAGUCGGCAAAUACGCUUGCCAUACCUGACCUCUGUGGUGACCUUCCUCACUUUUCGUGCCCCAACCUUGUCAACAAGUUCGCUGUCAUCGAACGGCUGGAUUUCUCCUACUACUUGCGCCAUGAGCGCCCCUCGUUGGCCUUUGGGACCUUUUUGGUCCAGCAGCUAACCAAAAGCAAGACCCCAAAGCAGCUGAUUCAGCAAGCAGGCAGCGAAGCCUACGCGCUGGCCCUCGCCCUCUUCUAUGUGCCUUCUGUGGUGGCCGCCUGUGUCUCCUUCUUGGAGUUUCUGGGCCUGGAGAGUCUCCAGCUCCGGGUGGACGUGAGAGCAGCCAACGUGAUCCUGAACUUCAUGGCCAGGAGAGAGGAGCCGCAGUACAGCUCCAUCCGAGAGUCCUUGGUGGAAAAGCUGACCGAGCUGGCCAAGGGACAGAAGACAGCCGCAGAAGAGCUGCUUGUCUGCUUGGAGGAAGCAGUUUGGGAGAAGAUUGAGCAUCAAGCGAUAACGAAGACGUCCAGCGAGGCAAGGAGACAGUGGUCUUUGGUGGUCCAGUUUUGCAGGCUCCACGCCGUCAAGCUGAGCGUGUCCUACCUGAGAGUGUGUGCCAGGUCCAGUGAAUGGCUGCAGUUCAUCAUUGAAGCCCAGAUGUAUGGCUACCAGCCGAGCGAGGUUAUCCCUGUCCUCCAGGACUUCCCCCCUCCUCUGCAGAAUCACUUGAGGCUGGCCUUUGAGGGUUUGCAGUCCUCAGACGUCCCCCUGGAAGGCCAGGCUGACCCCCCCUGCCGGCUGAGGCAUCGGCAAACGCCAAGCACGCCCCCCAGCGAUCUUUUCCACAUCCUCCUUCGGUGUCAGGAGCAGUCGCAUCCCUGGCGUUACCUGCUGGGUGAAGCCGUGAAGCGCCGGGCUCCCGUCCUGAGCGUGUUUGCGGCAUCCUUCCAGGAUGCCAGCAUUAUCCACUGUCUCUGUGUUUGGGUCGUCACCUCCUUGGAUAGCUCCACCGCUGGCGAAGUGACGAAGCACAUUGGAGGCUCCCUUGAAGCCCAUGAGUGGGGGCUCCUGGACUUGUCCACCCUCUGGCAGUCGCUUUUAAGGAGGCAGAAAAUCAGGACACUUCUUCAUGGUUUCCAGUCCUUUCUGAAGGACUCACCCUUGUUGACCCUGCUGGAGGUGUAUGAGCUGUGCAUGGGCUCCAGGGACUACAGCCAGGCCCAGACCAAACUCCUAGAGUUCCAGACCAGUCUUUCAAAACUUCACGCCCCAGAUGGAGCCCCACCCGGCAUCCUUCCCACGCCGUGGCUGGAGCUGCAGGCCUCCUUUCUCCUGGAGCUGAUGCUGCAGCAGUGCAGGACGCAGUACGAGUUGAGGAAGCUCCUUACGCUUUUUGCCGACACAGACACGGUUCUUCCUCAUGGGCCAGACAUGAAGAAGCUGAGCGCCCUCAGCUGGAUCUUGAAGGACUCUUCGGUUGCAGUGGACCACGCCCUUCUAAGCAGCUACACGCCUGAACGUUUCCAGGAGGAGUGCAGAAGGGUCAUGGAGCAGCUGCAAGAGACCAGCUCUUUCUCCACAGCACGCGAGCUGGCCGAGCUGGCCGGGGACAAUAUUGUUGUUCAAGAGGAGCUCCAGAAUCAGCACCGCUUGAAGCAGAUUGGGCAUUGGCCCCAGAAGCGGACCCGGGUCGAGUUCUGGAGAAAGUGCCACGCCGACUUUGUGAGAAACGCCGUGUCCAGCCGGACUGCCUCUGACUUCUUCCGGGCUCAGGCAGACGUGGUCUCCGAGUGCUCGGACAAGAGGCUGCCGAGUGUCCUGGAGAGGCAACUGCUGCUGACCUUGGCUGGCCACUGGCUGGCCCAGAGUGACCCCGUCCCCCUGGAGGAGCUGGAAGGGGUGGAGAGAGAGAUCUGGCUCUGUCGUGUGGCCCAGCAGGCUCGGAGUCCAGGCAGCGGGCAAGCCCAGCGCCGGUUCUCUGGCCAGAGCUCCGGGAAUGGCGACCUCUCCUUCGACUCCUUAGCCAAGGAGUUCUCCUUUGCCAGGCUGGCUAUUCUGAGCACGCCCAAGGACUUGCAGCUGGAGGGGCUGCCUUCCCCGGAGGCCUCCCGAGUCACGCUUCCUGCUGCGGAGGCGGAGGCGCUGAGCUUCCUGGUUGGGCGCCUGCUCGACGAGGGCAGCGUGCACGAAGCCAGCCGCCUGUGCCGCUAUUUUGACUUCCACAGCCGGGACGUCUCGCUGGUCUUGCACUGCAGAGCGCUGGCCUCUGGAGAAGCCCCUCAGAGCGGGUUUCACCCCGAGAUCCAGGCUGUCCUCGCCAGAAGAGAAGAAGGAGGAGACGGGAGCGUGGAGAAGGAAGCGGGGCCCGGGGAGGAGCCUCCCAAGAUGCGGCUGCAGAGCACCUCCAGCCUGGAGCUCUGGUCUGCCGCGGGAGCCCCGUGGCCCGGUGAUGAGGUGGUGGUCGGCAGCCUGCAGGCUCUGAUUGCAGAGUGUGUCCAUGGGCGGAACUACUGCCGGCAGGUCCUCUGCUUGUAUGAACUCUCCAAGGAGCUGGGCUGUUCCUUCAGCGAGAUCUCUGCCCAUGAUUCUGAGAAGCUGCUUCGGGCGCUCCUCUCCUCCCAGCGGCCAGACCGGUGCAAGAAGGCCCAGGCCUUCAUCACGACCCAGGGGCUGGAGCCGGAGACGGUGGCCGAGCUGGUGGCCGAAGAAGUCACGCGGGAGCUCCUGGCCCCUUCGCAAGGCAAAGGCGGGCACCAGCAGGUCGUGAAUCCUGCGGAGGAGAGCCAGGCCUUCCUGCAGCUGGCCAGACUGUGCCCAGAUCACACGCUGGUUGGCUUGAAGCUCCUGGAUAAGAUUUCCUCCAUCCCCCCCGGGGAGCUUGCAUGCACGACGGAGCUCCUCAUCCUGGCCCACAGCUGCUUCAGCUUGACGUGUCAUCUGGAAGGGAUCAUGCGCGUCCUGCAAGCGGCCCGGCUGCUCACAGACGAACUCUUGGCCCCCAACGAAGAGUACGGCCUUGUGGUGCGGCUUCUCACUGGCAUCGGCCGAUACAAUGAGAUGACGUACAUCUUUGACCUGCUGCAUGAGAAACAUUACUUUGAAGUGCUGAUGAGGAAGAAGCUCGAUCCGAGCGGGACCCUCAAGACGGCCCUGCUGGACUACAUCAAGCGCUGCCGCCCAGGGGACAGCGAGAAGCACAACAUGAUCGCCCUCUGCUUCAGCAUGUGCCGGGAGAUCGGGGAGAAUCAUGAGGCCGCCGCCAACGUCCAGCUGAAGCUCCUUGAGUCCCAGCCCUGGGAGGAGUGCCUCCAGGACUUGCCCAACCUGAAGAAGCUCCUGAUGAAAGCUCUGACCCUCUACAUCGAUGCGGCUGAAAGCUAUUCCAAGGACUUCUGUGUGCGCCAGGCUUUGCGCUGCAGCCGGCUGACCAAGCUCAUCACCCUCCAGCUCCACUUCCUGAACACCAGCCAGAGCACCAAGCUGAUCAGCUUGAGGCGGCAGGACCUGCUGGAGUGCGUCAUGGCCCUGCCCCGGUUCUACCAGGCUGCAAUUGUGACCGAGGCCUACAACUUUGUCCCCGACUGGGCUGAAGUCCUGUAUCAGCACGUGAUUGUGAAGGGGGACUUCAGCUACCUGGAGGAGUACAAGCACCGUGGCCUGCUCAAGGCCAGCACCUUUGAGGAAAUUGCCCAGAAGGUCAAGCAGCACCCGGGCAACGAGCCUGCUCUGAAGAACCUGAAGCAGCUCCUGACUUAUUGCGACGACAUCUAUGUGUAUUACAAGCUGGCUUACAAGAACCAGUUCUACGACGUGGUGAACAUGCUUCUGCAGGAUGCCCAGACAGGCUGUUGCUUGAAGGACCUGCUGACAAGCUAGAUGUUGCCUCGUGGACGCUGCGGGAAUCUUCAUUCAGCCCCCAGGGGUGUCUUGUGGCAAAGCGGAGUCUCGUCUCCGUCGCAAAUGGCCAACCCCACACACCUUGGUUCCGCAUCUGUUUCCCAGAGCAAACAGUAAAGGAAGAGCAUUAGCCUCAGGAGUGGUUUCAAAUCAGUACUGGCUGUUGAAAUCAGAUGAACAAAACAGAAAGAAUUUGACACUGGAGCCAGAAGUAUACCCUUCUGGCAGAAAUGAACUCGCGUCUUGAAGCUUUGCAGCUGAGCUUCUGGGUGAGAAAUCAGUGAGUGCCUCUGCUCAACAGUGACAGAGAGUGCAAAUCCUCCUGUGGGAUGUGACUCGUACGAGGACCAUUGGCUGUAUAAAAAUAACUUCCAUUCCCCUCUAAUGGCGAACAUAUUAAAGUACCACCUUUGCCAUA